AUGAAACAACUAGACAAUGACAAGAAGAGACCACUCAGCAGCGCUCCGGACAUGAAUAACAUCAACGCCCCGCGCUCCUUGAGCGCGGCGCCAGCAGCCGCAAUGGUGAGCAGCAAUAAAAUGCUCAGCCUCUUCAAUGCUACUCAGAACAUCCCACAGGACCGCGACUUGGAUGCCGUGCCGCUCGGCUUUCUCUCCGCAAACCGCAUCGUGUCGGUGCUGGAGAAAGCGGUGGAGCGGCUCGAGCUGCUGGCACUGCUCGAUACCACUGCACCAGAGGAUGGUCCCCUUCAGUCGUUUCUCCCACAUAUUGGAGGUAACGGAGCAUCAGCAGCAGAGCAGACUAAAUCGUCCGCCACGGCUCCCCGCAAGGCGGCGGUGCUGCCUUCGAAGUCCGAAGAUCUCUCACGCAAGACGGUGCGGGCGAUGAAUGCUGCGCUGGUGACAGCAGCAAGCAUGCAGCGGUGCGGGCGCCCCACGGUGGCAGACCUGGUGGUGGAACAGCAGCGGUUGGAGCGGCGCUACGGCGAGCUGCUGCGGCAAACGCAGAAGGUGAAUCCCAACCCGAAUGAGCCGGAGCUGGAUCGCAACUGCUUCGCCGCCGUGCAGGACCACGAGAAGACGGCAAUCAUGGAGGAGCUGCGGCAGACUUCGCGGCGGCUGCGCGAGCACAACAAGGCGCUCUUUAUACAACUGAAGGACAACCCCAAUGAUGCCGAUAACUGGAAGAAGGUGGGGAAUGAGCGCUCAGAACUCAUUCAGCUGCUGCAGGCCGUCAUUCGCGAGAUCACAACGGGGUACGGCGUGACAAAGACCGCAAAUACACCGGGUGCCUUGCUGCGCAGCGAAGGCCGGUACGAUCGCUCCGCCUAUUCUGAGAGUAUUGCCACCGAAGUGAAAGAGGGCACCCUGGCGAAGAACCGCUUCGGUAGCACGACACAGAUGAGGCGGGCGGCACGCGGCCCGGCGGCGCCACGUAUUCCACUCAUGUCGUACUUUGAGCGCUUCGCCAAGUUGAUCGCCGACGAGAAGAGUGCGCAGCGCUGGGCUGAUGAGCUUGUGCUGAAGGAGAAGGAGCUGAACCAGAAUGUAAAGCAACUGCAACACGACCUCAAGGCGGAAAAGGCGCUGAAAGAGAAGGAGAUUGCGGAGCGGCGGCAGCGCGUCGCCGAGCUGAAGGUGAGCCUGCGGCAGGAGAAGAAGCGGCUGAAGGAGCAGAACGAAAUGGUCCGCGCGGAGGUGGAGGCGGCGCACGAGACCAUGCAGCGCAAGGCCACUGACGAGGAGCGCAUCGUGUUGGAGGCGAUGCAUGGCAGCGAGUGGGAGGAGCGCGUGGAGGAGUGCGUUCACAACGACUUCAAGGAGCACCUCAUUGAGCGCACCGAGGCGAUGGACGAACUCGCGAUGCGGUGGGACAAGAAGAACCAGAGCGAGAUCAAACGCGUGGAGGCGCGCAAGAUCGAUGUGGAGCAGAUACGACAGCAGUGCGCGGAGCGGCUGCAGAAGGCGCAGAAGGACAAGGAGGUGGAGGUGCAGCUCAAGUCGCAGCGGGAGGAGGAACAACAGCGGGAGGAGGCGGAGAGAACAGCAGCGGAGACGCAGGCCAACAUGGAGUACGAGGCGGUGUCGAUGAUCCAGUCCGCGAUCAGGGGGAUGUUCACGCGGCAGGCACUCGCGGUGCUGAAGAAGAAGAACAAGAAGAAACGCAAGGCGGCCAAGGCGUAG